CUUAAAUUCAACUUGGGUAAUCAUUUAUCGUUUUUCACAAUUUUUCCUCUUUUCUUCACAAUGCCUAACUUGAGAAUAUUUAGAUCACUUCAAAUUUACAGAUGUUGAUGUUACAAUAAUUUCUGCUACUUCCAAAUUUCAGGUUUGACUGGUAUGGCGAGAAACUCCAACACUUUGUCAUUCAUCGUUCAUUUGUUUAACUCGUAUUAACAAUGUCUUUAAAAAGGUGCGAAUGCCGCUUUAAAAAUUAAAACCCCUUCGGCAAUAUGGUUUCCUUGAAUUCAGAAAAAAAGGUUCUAAUUUACAAGUUUUAAUUACAUAUUCUCUUUUAUAUCUACCGCACAUCGCCUUCUUCUACAAAGCCUGUGGUAAUAUAGGCCUGUCGGCUCUCAGGUCUUUAUUUAUGUCUUAAUUUAUAUUUAACGAUACUAGCAGCACAGAGGCUUUUUAUAAAAAUAGCAGAUAAAGAGGUGAAAUCGUCUUAAAUUAUUAGCAUAUUCUUUUGAACGUAGUGUUUUAAAAUGACUUAUUGUUUUUUUAUAAACGCAAUUUUCUACCCCUAUCUUAUCGGACUAGACUCAACUGUAACUGAUCAAUAAAAAUUUCCCGGCUCAUUGUUCAAUCGGCUUCCAAAUUUGCACAAGAUCUUCAAAACGAACGCUAGUUUCGUCGAUGCGGUUGAUAUCCAAAGACAAAUUCGAAUACACCGAAAACGCUGUGGAAAACUUUCCAAGAACUGAACAACGAAUGUCAGCUGAAAGCUCUGGCCCAUGUGCUGAGCAAUUAUUGUCGUCUCAGUUUUAGUUUCAAGUUUGACGAAUUCUAAAACCCCUGAGGCCUAAUUUGAGGUAAUUAUCACAUCAAAGAAAAAUAGGAGAUAUACACUCAGUUGAGGCGCUUCAGUCUUUUUGUUUCCAGAUACAAAGACAGGUGAAUUUGAACCUGUUUUAGUGUAAGCUCGAAAUGUAAAUUCCCCUUACCGUUUUUCAGACAUUUGUCUUAAUGCUAAUACUGAGAAUAUGGUUAUAAAUCAGGUCAAUAUCUCCUAGUUGAUAAUUUUCGUUAUUCUCAUAAGCCGUCUGUUUGGCAAUGUAUUGGGUUCGUAGAGAGAAAAUACGUUUUCAUCACUCUGAACAACGGACAUUUUAACCUGAUUUAACUGAGUUUCGAAUGACUUCGAAAAUGGACUUACACAAAAACACAAUAGCCGAGCCAUAAACGGGCAUAUUUAAAAGCUAAAUAGCUAUCAAAUAUCCGUAUGCACUUAACUGCGAAUGCAGUAAAUUCAAUUUCAAACUUCACUUCCGCGAAGAUAAAAUUCAGGUACAGGUAGGGCUAGUAUUCUGUAGCAACAAAACCACGCGUCGAGGCAACUGUGUUAGAUCGAUGAAAAAAUGAUAACGCGCGUUUUUGUUAAACACUCGUAAAAUUUAGAAUAGAAAUGAAUGAGUUGUCAUCUUCUUGGCACCUGCUCGUAAACUUUGUCUCUUUCGCGACAGCUCUGACAAUCAACUUACUUAAGUUAUUAAGAAAGCAAUUAUUACAGAAAUCCAGCUUCCGAAGUUAAUGAAAUUUCGCUCUAAGGUUGACAUUACUGUUCUCGGCCAAGCAAAGUAACGCAUUAACAAGCAAGCGAAGAUUAGCCAUUUUAAAGGCUCUUUUCAUACCUAUUGUCUCUAUUAGUCUUUACGAUGAAUUCUUAACAGCGCUGUUUUAGAUCAAUGCGCCAACGUUACUACAUCCAACCAGCCAGCGGUCUAAUAAGGCGGGAACGUAUUAAAAGCCACACACAUCGACUAUUCAGUACGUUUGUCCCGGCGUGAACGAAACAUGAACACUGUGCAAUUUUUCUUAUCCCUUUAGCGUGUGCAUCUCUAUUCUCACUGGGUAUUUGGCGGGAUUUCUGCGCAGCUGCUAUUGAAAGAGUUUUAGCGGAACGCACGUACAUCGGUCGCUAAUUCAAUUCAAGGGGAGUUCAAGAAAGAGAAGGUGUAGAUUCUAACCAGAACAGCAAGGAUCAUGAGUGAAACAAAGGAGUCUGACAACCAAGAGGAAACUAGCACUUCCCCCUCACUACACCACAGAGUCCCAAAAUGCGCUCGCUGUCGUACACAUGGCACGGUAUCAUGGUUGAAGGGCCACAAACACUACUGCCGCUGGAGAGACUGCACAUGCGCAAAAUGCCAGCUGAUCACUGAAAGGCAACGCGUGACAGCCGCACGCGUUGCGUUACUGAGACAGCAACGCAAAGGAGCUGAACUAAGAGCUAAAUAUCAAAGAGAAUUGGAAAACGCCCGUUUGACGUACUCCAUGGUGUUCCAAACAAACGGAUUACCAGGAUUCCCAAAUAAUCAUCGACACCACUUUUAUCAUAAGCACCCUCACGCAGACAUGAGCCACAUUGAACCAAGGAUAACAGAAAUCACGCCAUUAUCAGAAUCCCUGAAGAGAUGCAACUCAGUCUCCGAAGACGACGAAGAGGAAAGCACAAGCCCCAAAAGAAUCGCUCUGUCUCCUGACCUCCACGUGAAAGCGGAGCCACGUGAGCACGCCGAAAAAGACCGUCAUGAAAGUUUACCUGAGACAAGAAAAUCUCCAGAUCACUCCGUCGACAACAUUCUCAAUUCAAGUAACAAAUAUCUACUGGAAAACCUUCAUGAUAGGUCUCAGGAGUUCAGGUAUCCAAGGCUGUCGAAGGAAAUAAGUGCUCUGUCCCUGAGACACCCGCCGAUGGAACUACUCGGCAAGCUCUUUCCUCAUCACAACAGGGGCACGUUGGAACUCAUCCUUCAGAGUUGCAAUGGCAGCGUCGUGGAAAGCAUUGAACUUCUCUUGUCCUCCCAAGAGCAGAGAGGCAACAAGAUGGCGUUGGGUGGCUGUGGUUUUCCUCCAGCCAAUCACCAUUCUCCUUUCCUUCACGGCCCAAUGACUCGAAACGUCAUCACAAGACCGCUGCCCAGUACUCAUGCAUGUUCACCAUCGGCGAUUUACCCACCAUCGCCACUUCCGCCGCCACUUCUUGUGAAGCCUAAACCGGAAAUGGCAGUUAAGUUUUCCCCUAUGGCGCAUGCUCCCUAUGGGGCAGAACCGAGGCUAGGUGAAAGGCCUUGUGGACUUGGCAUAAGCCGGUUUUGUAGCAGGUGUGGUUACAAGAUAAACAUGUUUGACAAGUUUUGCGCGCAUUGUGGAAAAGUUCUCAGUGAAACACCCAGUGGUCUUUGAAUGACAAGUCUGGGGAAUGGAUUGACUUUUCAACUGUUCGCAGUAAAGUAGAAAUUUAAAUUUUUAAUGACAAUAACAUAUUUCGGAUUUGCAUUAGUACACAAAGGUCAUCAACAUAGCUUUUAAGGUAGAAUGACAUCGGCGGCAUUCAAAAUCUCUUUUUACAUCAGUAGAAAAUGGUAGAAAAAGCCCUUUGGUAUUUUGCUUCUAUGGCCUCAAUUUCAAACUAAGGAAGUGAAGCAACUGAAAAAAAAAUUAAGCGCAUAGAAACUGCAAUUGCAUCUAGUUUCUCCUCAAGGAAGCACCAGAUUUUCAAGAUGACGGACGAUGAGAAUACAGAGAAUAGUCAAGCAACAAGAUGCACUACAAAAUUCUCAGAUCUAAUUUUAUAGGAAUAUACGGUAGUAAGUAUGGAGAAUUUAAACUUUUAGUUCGACGCAGUGAGCGUUUAAUAUAGUGAGUUCGUUCCAUUUCGUUUAAUAGCGGAUAGCAUCAUACUGAAACUUCCGCAAGGGGCGCAUGUGAAUUCUUGAGGUACAAUGAAGGAUUAUGGGAAUAAAAUGCUCAUAUUGUUGUAAUUUCGAAUAAUUGACAGGAUAAUGAUUCAUAGCGCGCAUUGGUUAGCACUUGAAAGGAGCUGCGUCACAAUUUGCGCAUCUUGAAAAGGUCAACCUAAAUUUUUCAAGUUCGUCGUUUACAAUCCGUGUUAAUCUUUUCCAUCCUUGUUCCGCUUAACGAUUUAUUUUUAUCUUUUUGGUGUUUUUCUUUCUAAGUAAACUAUUAUCUUCAACUAAUUUUGUACGCGGCCAAAAUAACUCAAAAUGCCGUGACUUAGCUCCCUUAAAUUAAAAUAAAGAGACAAUCAAAAAACGACUAAAAUUACCAUUAAAUUAAACCAAAAGUGUAUUUGAAAAAUUAUUUUGCAAAUUCCUGUGUGACUAAUUCAUAAUCUACUUUCUCCUCUACAAAUUAGUACAAAGCCAAGUAAGGAAGUUGUAAGGAUAAACAAACUGAUCACUAGAGGCAAACUGGCUUGAUAUCAAAUAAAAUUUAACAAGCUACCUUAGAAAUGUCUGGAAGCGUGCAAAAAAAAGUUCAUCUUGUUAAAAGAUUUUUAAAGGAUUGUUAAAGGAAACUAACAUGGUGUAAAGGAAAAAAGAUGUUUUUAGUGGAUUUUUCCAUGGUCUUAAGCAUGCAGAUAAUUUUACUCAGUACAGCCAACUUCCUCUAAUUCAGACGAGCUCAUAAUCAGUGACUAGACUUUUAUUUUAGAGAUUCUUUUCUCAACGUGUCCGUCCUCUAAUGAGGAGCGUGCUUAGUGAUUAAAGCAUGUCAAUCAAGAAGUUGACUGAGAAAAUUUGGCUUUGCAGUAUCUGUAAAUACUGAGCAACGAACUGCAAGCUAGUCAACAAAACUAAGGAAGCUAAGGAAUAUUUAUAUAAUUGUGAUUAAGAAUCAAUUACUUACUUCAUUAAUAAUAAUCAUUAAGUUUUAUCAAUAAAUUGAUUAUUAUCGGA